GUUUGUAUUGUUAAACAUGUCUCGACUGGUAAAUGGUGUCGAUUACCAGCCAUCGGACAAUCUAUCGGUACGUCAGGUGAACACCAAAUACGGUGCUCUACGGGGCAUAUAUAUGUCAUUUACGCCAAACAAACAAUCGCAUCCAUCACUAUCAUCGACAUUCAACAGUAUAACACUGGCCACCAUUGAAGCCUAUCUGGGCGUACCCUAUGCCACACCGCCGGUCGGUUCACUGCGAUUUAUGCCGCCCGUGACGCCCACCCAUUGGCGUGGCAUCCGUUUGGCCAAUCGGUUGUCGCCGGUGUGUCCGCAGAGGAUACCGCUGUCGGCACUAGUUAUGAACAAUUCGACCGAAGCGCUCAAACGGAUGCCAUUACAGAGAUUUGAAUUCAUGAGAAAAAUGAUUCCCCAACUCAUCAAUCAAUCGGAAGAUUGUCUUUAUCUUAACAUUUAUACACCAAUUGUUGAUCCAAUACAAGACACCAUACAAUCUGACUAUUCACCGCCAAAAUCAAGAGGAGUGCCGGUCAUUGUGUUCAUUCACGGCGAGUCCUACGACUGGAACUCUGGCAAUGUAUACGACGGAAGCAUUUUAGCCAGUUUUGGACGGGUAGUAGUCGUCACAUUGAACUACCGUUUGGGAGUCCUAGGCUUUUUGCCGGCACUGGUAGACGGAACAGUUAGAGGCAAUUAUGGUCUGAUGGAUCAGGUGGCAGCUCUUCAUUGGAUACAAGAAAAUAUUGCUGAAUUUGGCGGUCAGCCUAACAAUGUUACCAUCAUUGGCCACGGCUAUGGUGCUGCCUGUGCCCAUCUACUCAUGCUGUCACCCAUGGCUAAAGGUCUAUUUUUGCGUGUAAUAUUGAUGAGUGGUUCAGCGCUAACUCCCUGGGCUAUAGCCAGAGAUGCCGACCUAUACGCCAAAACAAUAGCCCAGGAGCUCGACUGUCCCGUUCAUGACAACGCUGUAAUGGUUGACUGUUUGCGACAGAAACGUAUCGACGAGUUGUUUUCGGCCGACUAUUCAGUUCCCGACCAUUUGACAGCUUUCGGACCGAUUAUCGACGGCAUUGUUGUGCCGGCAGAGCCCCGAUAUCUAAUGCAAACCGAGUCGACCGAUACGAGAUCGACCAUACAUUUGGCCCACAGUACCGACUUAUUAAUUGGUGUAACGCGUGUGGAGGCGCCUCCGGUGUUCAAUUCGCACGAAGAACGACACGGAAUCGAUGGCAUCCGUAGGGAUCGGAUUUUGCGGACAUUAAUCCGAAAUCUCUUUGAUUUUCAUCAACAGGCGAUUUUGCUGACAUUGAUCAAUGAGUACACGGAUUGGACGCGUCCUGUGGAACAUCCCAUCAAUUUAUUGGACUCGUUGUUGGAUAUAAUGAGCGACGCACUGGUUGUGGCACCGGUAGUCGAGACCAGUGAUCUGCAUUCGCGACCAGUGCUGCCCACACGACCCUAUCAUCGACAGUCUUCGAGUACUCGACCGCAACAAUCGAGAGGCAGAUCCUAUUUCUAUGUGUUUGUCCAUCAGAGCGAUGAGGGAACCAAAUUUCAUCAGCGCUUGGGCUGUUCGCACGGCGAAGAGCUGGCCUACAUGUUUGGUGCACCGUUAGCUCAACAUUUGACUGACAAAUCGAUGCCACAGUUCACACAAAACUAUAGCAGAGCUGAGGUCAGCCUAUCCGAGGGACUAAUGGCUUAUUGGAUUAAUUUUGUCAAAUACGGUGAUCCAAAUCUAUGGCCGACAGAGUUGGACGCGACCGGUGACCGAACUAAGGGUCGGUUUGAAAGUGUUUUGUGGCCUCAAUACGAGCCGACACAACGUAAAUAUUUAAUGCUCGGUCUUAAACCAAAAGUGAAAGAUCACUAUCACAGCCAUAGGCUAUCGUUUUGGUUGAAUCUGAUACCACGUCUGCAUAAUGCCGGCGAAGAGCAAAUCUAUUUGCGCCAUCACUUACUAACCGAUCACGAAAAUAUGGCCUCUUAUGACGGCAUCGUUAGACAGUUGGCAUUUAAAUUUUUUGCACCCAUACCUACCAAUAAACCGGUAACCGAUUUGAUUGCCACUAACAACUCAAUUAUAAGCAAAAGUCGCAAACAAUACUUAAUGACGACUAGCAAUGAUGUCAAUGUCAAUGAUGGAGCCGGCGAUCAACUGGUCAACAAUAGCCCUGUGCUUACUAAUGAUAAAGUCUUAGAUAAUAAUAAUAAUAACCACACGAUGACAGCUACAGAUGUCAUAGCGAUGACCGAUAAGAUUAAUUUGAAUAACAAGUCCAACGACGACAACAACAACAACAAUAAUACCAUCGCAUUGACAGCUAAUUACUCGACGGCAUUGUUGGUGACGAUAGCCAUUGGAUGUUCGCUAUUGAUAUUAAAUAUGUUAAUAUUUGCCGGCGUUUACUAUCAAUUGGACAAAAAUUCGUCGCUCAGACAUAAAGACAAGAAUAAUAGGAACAGUAUUAGUAGUAAUACUUCUAAUAAUAAUAAUAUCAGAAAUUCCAGAGGAGUUGGUGGUGAUCACCAUCAGAGCUAUCACUACAACGAUAUACAGAAGCCACAGGAGAUGGUAGUGUUAGCCACACCAGAGAAGCGUCUAUUAGCCCAAAAGUCGCCAAAUCUUAGUCACAAUCACGUGGAGAUCGUAAACACCAAUUUCAUCACCGAUAUGGUGGUCGGUGGCGACCACUCGAUGGAUGCCAAAUCAUCAAACACUCAUCGCUCGACGGACACCAUUGUCUAUAAUCACAAAUCGUCGUCAUUUGGCCAUCACUUCGAGCACUCACACCAUUCGCACACACAUUCAUCGCCAGUGCCUUCAUGUCUGUCCAAUAGCGACAAUAAUACCGCCACGACUACCACCGCUUCGAUAAUUCACGUGCCUAUUAGUUAUGACAAGUCCUCUAAUGACAACUUUGCGCCCGAAAUUCGUGUCUGAUUUUUAUUUUAAGAGGACUGGGAAUUAUAGACAAAAAUUUAAACUACAAUUUCAAUUAA